AUGGGUAAACCAGCCGUUGUUCAUGUUGAAUAUUGUGAAAUUUUACAACGUGUGUCGGAUGCUACCGUGACUGGUAAAGUUGGACGCCGCAGCUCGUUUGAAGUGACUCUUAACAACAAAGUCAUCUUCUCAAAACUUGAUACCGGCAAAUUUCCUGCCUUUGACAAGGUUGCGGAAGAAGUCGAUAAUGCUGCUCAAGGUCGUGAUGUUCAAACAGUGACCGAAACUGACAAGGGUUCAUCUUGUACAAUCCUUUAA